GAGAGAGACACUCUCAGAGAAAGAAAGAGAGAGAGAAAGAGAGAGAGAGAACGAAGCGGUGGUUCUGGCUCGUAAAGAACCGAACGAGAAGAGAGAGCAUUUUCACAGAGGGAGAGAGAGAGAGAGAGAGAGAAAUCAAAAUCAAAUCCAAAUACCCAUUAUCAUCUCGCUCUGACUUUUCUGUCUGUCUCUCUCUCUCUCUCAAAAGUACUUUCCAUCACUCACAUUCAUUCUUUGCUUCAUCCUCUUAUAUCACGAGAUCCCCAUCGCCCUCUCUCUCUCUCUCUCUCUCUCUCUAUGUCUUCCUCACGCUCUCCCUGCUAUUACAUCGCCUCCUCUUUGUAUGCUCUUAGACACUAACCUUGCGAAAAGAACAUACUUUGUAGACCCACAAGCAAGGCUAUCCCAUUCUUCGCAAACAACCUUUGUGACUUGUACGACAUGUCACAUUCUGCAAAACCUAUACAAGAAAUGGGCAUCGAUUCUUUGACAACUCGGUUCCGUGACUCUCUUGGUUGCGACCAGAACAAGCCUGAUUUCAGAGAACUCGAUCUGGGCUCACCCGUCUCUCCCUUGACGACUCGCGGCUCAGUAGUUAAUGGCGCUGCUGGUGCAGCCACUUCAAGCUGCAGCUCGAGCUCGUCUGGCUCGGUCUCCGGCAAGAAUAACAAUACCCAGUUCGCUAAAAGAUCGGAAACUAGGCCAAACAACCACUCCGGAGAGCUCUCGGCGUUGUCCGAAACCAGCCCAAUUGCCCCCGAUAGCCUCCGAUCCGUUAAAACUACACCUAAUUCAAAACCGGGUCACCGGAGAUCGGUCUCGGCCGGACCCCCAUUGAUCUACUCAGGUAGUAACAAUGGCUGUGGCAAUGGAGCAACUUCAGCUUCCUCGAAUUCGACCACAAAUGUGUUACCCAGCGGCAACAUUUUCCCCCCUGGGAAGAUCUUAAAGGCUUCUACGGCUCCUAGAAAUUGCAUUUCUAGGACUGAUGUUUUGGGUUCUGGGACUGGUAACUAUGGCCAUGGUAGCAUAAUACGUGGCGGUGCUAAUGUAACUGGGAAUAUACAGUUUGCAGGAGAAGCAGUAAUGGUUAAGCGUGCAAUGGCAAGUACGGAUCCCGAGGAGGUCAAAAAGGCCGGGAAUGAGUUGUACAGGAGGGGGCAUUUUGUGGAGGCCUUAUCGUUGUAUGAUCGGGCUGUUUUGUUGUCGCCUGAAAAUGCCGCAUACCGGAGUAAUCGGGCAGCGGCGUUGACGGCGCUGGGGAGAUUGGGGGAGGCGGUGAGGGAGUGUGAGGAGGCUGUGAGGUUGGAGCCUGAUUAUGGAAGGGCGCACCAGAGGCUGGCAUCUCUUUAUCUCCGUUUUGGGCAAAUCGAUUAUGCCCAGCGCCACCUCUGUUUCCACGGGCAAAAGCCCGAUCAAGCAGAGUUGCAGAAGCUAAAAUCAUUGGAGAAGCAUCUGACCCAAUUGGCAGAUGCCCGAAAUAUUGGCGAUUGGAAGAGUGCAAUUAGGGAAGCUGAUGCAGCCAUGGCAACUGGGGCAGAUUCCUCUCCUCAGCUUGUUGGUUGCAAAGCAGAAGGCUUUUUGAAGAUCCAUCAACUUGAAGAAGCAGAGUCUAUCCUAGCAACCAUUCCUAAGCUGGAUAAUUAUCCUCCUUCCUGCUCACAAACCAAGUUCUUUGGUAUGCUUGCUGAAGCUUACCUUCUGUAUGUCCAAGCCCAGGUAGAGAUGGCAUUGGGAAGGUUUGAGAAUGCAGUUGUGGCAGUAGAGAAGGCGGGCCUGAUUGAUUAUAGUAAUGUUGAAGUUGCAAGGGUGUUAACUACUGUGAAAAUGGUUGCAAGAGCUCGAUCCCGGGGUAACGAUCUUUUUAGCUCUGGAAGAUUUUCUGAAGCCUGCUCAGCUUAUGGAGAAGGCCUCAAAUAUGAUAGUUCCAAUUCUGUUCUCUACUGUAAUAGAGCAGUUUGUUGGUCUAAGCUUGGGCAAUGGGAACAAUCUGUUGAGGACUGCAACCAAGCCCUCAAAAUCCAACCAAAUUACACCAAGGCCCUUCUAAGGAGGGCUGUCUCAAAUGCAAAGCUGGAACGGUGGGCAGAAGCUGUGAGAGAUUAUGAGGUCUUGAGGAAGGAACUUCCUGGAGACAGUGAGGUUGCUGAAUCUCUACAGCGUGCACAAAUUGCAUUGAAGAAAUCUUGUGGAGAGGAAGUUCCUAGUGUGGACUUUGGUGGUGAAGUAGAAGAAAUUUCUAGUCUAAAUAAGUUUAAAGCUGCAAUAUCAUAUCCUGGUGUUUCAGCAGUUCAUUUCAAAGUGGCAUCAAAUGAACAAUGUGAGGAAAUAUCCCCAUUCAUAAAUAUGCUUUGUGUUCGAUAUCCAUCUGUUAAAUUUUUGAAGGUGGAUGUGGAGAAUCUGUUAGCAAUAGCAAAAGCUGAGGGCAUAAGAACGGUUCCCACAUUCAAAAUUUACAGGAAUGGAGAGAAAGUGAUGGAGCUAAUCCGCCCAAGCCAUCAAUUAUUGGAGGACUCAGUGAGGAAUUGCAGCCUCUAGAACAAUGCUCAAGUAUACAGCAGUAGAUGUUAACUGUCCAAGUAUUCAUACUAAGUUUUACCUGUUACAUAAUCAGCUACAUAAUUUUUUUCCAUAGAGGUUUAAUGCAGAGAAACCAUAAGAGAGAAAAAUGGCUUCUUAUUGGUUCAAAUUUGCAGAAAUAUAUUUCUUUUUCCUCUCUGCUUUAUUUA